ACCAGUCGUAGCAAGAAGAAGAAGACUGAUCGGUGAGCUUCCAGUUAACUCCGAUUCUUCCACUCUCCUUCAUGGACUCUGCUCCCCCAAUUCUCCAAACUUCCAUUUCUUUAAUCCCUAGCGUCAGGGUUUCCUUCUCGAUUUCUCAAAUAUGGCGGAGCCAAAUCGGAGUUCACCUUCCGCCUCCGCCUCCGCCUCUGCCUCCUCCUCCUCUUCAUCUUCGUCUUACAGGGAGGAUUCAGGCGGUGCGGCCGGGGCGGCGGCGUCGUCUUCGGGUACUUCUUCGCAGGUUCGAGAGGAAGAGGAAGGGCAAGAUCACGAGUAUCGGCAGCAUCUGCAGCAUUUUCAUAACCCUGAGCUAGAGAAUCAGCACAUUGACCUAGUUUCUUAUAGAGGUAACUUAUCUGCUUUCGAUGAUUCGUCAACGGUGAUUGGAGACGACACGUGGUCUUGCAUCAUCGUGGUUCUCACUUUUUGGUUUUUCGUGUCUAUGACUUUGAUUUUGGGUGUUUACGGGGCGGUGAAUAUACGGGUCGGUCCGAAUUGUUCCCUUCUACUUCAACCGAAUCCUAUUUUUGUUCAGAGUGUAAAGGUUGAGGAGGUAGAUGAUACCAAGCCAGGGCUCAAACUAUAUGGAUUUUAUAAAUCUCCAUCUCUUGAUGUAGUGACUACCUGGUCUGAAACUCGUACCACUACUGUUCAAGCUGAUUCUCACAAGGAGUGGAUUCAUUAUCUGAACAGGGGCUCUCAAGUUAAUAUUUCAUAUAAUGUGAACUCAGCAGGCUCCUCUGUUUUCCUUAUAAUUGCUCAAGGCAGUGAGGGCCUUUCUCAAUGGCUUGAGGACCCAACAUAUCCUAACACCACUUUGUCGUGGAACAUUGUUCGUGGAAGUGGUAUGAUUCAGCAGGAUAUAUAUAGAUCUUCAAGUUACUAUAUUGCACUGGGUAAUUUGAACUCAGAGGAUGUGGAGGUGGAGUUAAACAUCACAGUCAGGGCUUUCAUCUACAAUACGACUGAAGCUUACUACAGAUGUACCUUCGGUAAUGGCCUGUGUAGCUUGAGUGUUUUGUUUCCUCAGGGAAAUUCUGUUGUCUUGACUUCUCCAGGUCUAGAACAGAGUACAUCUGCAGAUGACUGGUCUGUCAGAUUGUCAUAUGGACCAAGAUGGAUUAUAUAUAUAGUUGGCAUUGGUGGAAUGACAGCAAUCAUGUUGGUAGCCUUCAACUUCUUAAACAAGUUCCAAUUUACCCGUGGAGGUGAAACAAAUCUUCAUUAUAGGGAGAAUGCUUCUGCAAGGGCCCCUCUGCUUUCUAACAAAGAUGAUGAUAUCUCAAGUUGGGGUUCAUCCUACGAUUCUGUCUCAAGUGAUGAGGCAGAUCUUGAAGAUUUUCUGGCAGCAGGUUCUGUUGAAGGGACAUCAAUAAGAGAAGGUGAAAACAGUAACAAUACCCGACGUCUUUGUGCGAUUUGCUUCGAUGCUCCAAGGGACUGCUUCUUCCUUCCUUGUGGGCACUGUGUGGCUUGCUUUGCAUGUGGAUCUAGAAUCGCAGAGGCUGCUGGAACUUGCCCCAUUUGCCGUCGGAACAUGAAGAAAGUGAGGAAGAUUUUCACAGUAUAAGUCACAUUGAGCUCCUUUGCCAGCAGCAGAGCUUGCACAGCCUGCCUGCUUCAAUGAGUUGCAGUACGUUUUUGAUGGGUCACUGCUUUUUAUGCUCAAGUAAAUGACACUCAGAAGGGGGAUUAUAAGCAUUGAUUUUUUUUAAAAGAUGGAAGGAGCCAUGCAUUUUGUUUCCCUGGAUGGCCUUCCACCAUGUAAUACUAUCAUCGGUACAUAAUGUUCGAGUAGACCAAGUCAAAGCUUCCAAUGUAACUCUUUUCAUUUCCCCCCCAUUGAUUACCAAUUUAAGGCGCAGCAACUUCAAACUGAGAUACUGUACCUUCCUGUCCUCCAUUCUUUGGUAUCUUUCAGCCUUCUCAACAGCAUCAAGUAAACGACUAAUCUAAUCCCGUUUUUAA